GAGAGGGAGGAGGAGCCUACAAAGCGAAAGAGAAAGCGGGCCCAGUGGAGCCAGGAGACAGCCUCCUCUGAAGCCCCAUGAAGACGCCUGGGCUGCAGUGGCUCUGGCUGUUCUGGGGCUGCAGCUGCUCCCUGGGCUCGGCUCACUCCGGCCUCCCCAGGGGAGCCUUCCCGGGCGCAGCAGCUGCAGCGAACAGCAACCGCUCCAGGCACGUCUCCCCGGAGCGCCACGAGAAAGGCUCUGCAGCCUUCCGGGAGGACUCAGAUCUCCCCCAAUUCUCCUGCUCUACAUGGGAAAUAAAAGCCACUUCCUCCAGAAGUGAGGAAAGUCUUAGAAGACAUAUCUACUUGAAUUCAAUUCCGUCCAGUGACAAUACUUCUGCCAUCUAUGGAAUAAAUCAGUUUUCUCAUUUGUUUCCUGAAGAGUUUAAAGCUAUCUAUUUGAGAAGCAAAUCCUCUGAACUUCCAUUAUAUAAUAAAGAAGUAAAGAUGCCAACCACACAUGUGCCUUUGCCAGUAAGAUUUGACUGGAGGGAUAAACAUGUUGUAACAAAAGUAAGAAACCAACAGAUGUGUGGAGGAUGUUGGGCAUUCAGUGUCGUGGGUGGAAUUGAAUCUGCUUAUGCAAUCAAGGGAGAGUCUUUGGAAGACUUAAGUGUCCAACAAGUCAUUGAUUGUUCUUACAACAAUUUUGGUUGCAGCGGUGGGUCUACUGUUAAUGCCUUGAACUGGCUAAAUAAGACUCAGGUAAGACUGGUGAAAGAUUCAGAAUACUCUUUUAAAGCUCAGACUGGAUUAUGUCAUUACUUCUCUGGAUCACAUGCUGGUGUUUCCAUCAAAGGUUACUCUUCCUAUGACUUCAGUGAUAAAGAGGAUGAAAUGGCCAAAGUACUCCUUGCCUAUGGCCCUUUAGCUGUGAUAGUGGAUGCAGUGAGCUGGCAAGAUUAUCUGGGAGGAAUAAUCCAGCAUCACUGUUCCAGUGGAGAAGCCAAUCACGCCGUUCUCAUAACUGGUUUUGACAAAACAGGAAGCACUCCUUAUUGGAUAGUACGGAACUCAUGGGGUACUUCCUGGGGAGUAGAUGGCUAUGCCUUUGUUAAAAUGGGAGCUAAUAUUUGUGGUAUUGCGGAUUCUGUGUCUGCUGUGUUUGUGUGAUACCUGGGAGGAACACAAAAAUGAAAUCCUCACUACCAAACAUUUUUGUCUUCAGAAACCCUCAUCAAGCCCUGUUACUCAGCUACACAUGGACCAGGACAAGCUAGUUUUUAAAAGCCCUGGUCAUUGAUUGCCUUUCUAAAGAUUGGGACAGCUGAAGUCAAAGGGAAAACACCAAGUUGAUCUUCUGCUUGCUGCAGUCAGGGGGAAGUUAAACUAAGUGGACUUGCAGUCUCUUACAAGAUAUAGAUUCUAUGCAUCUAUUCAUUCAAUUCAACAAAUGAUUAUUUUGUGGCUUCUGCAUGCAAGUCCAAGUGUUAGGCACUAAGGGUACUGAGAUAGAGAACAAGGAGUCUCCAGUCUAAUAAGACAGAUAAGAUAUGUAUGUGUAUAGAAGUAUGAUGAGAAGUGGGCUGUGAUAAGGAUGCAGGAGCAGUCUAGGGAAAAACGCUUUAAGAAUUGGGAAGGAGAGAUGAAAUGAGGGAUUUGGCUCUCUCAGUCCCUUCUUGCUCAGAUAUUCUAUGGCCCUGGGCUUUCCCUUUUUGACAUCCACCUCGCAUAGGGUCAUUUGUAGCUCAGAUACACUUGUGUCUUGUUCAUUGCCCUUCUCAUCCAAUAAUUGGUUUUCCCUGGGUCUAUUACCUGACUAAGCUAUAAUGAUUUUGAUUGCCAGUAGUAUUACCAGCAGUGCAGUGAUGGCUUGGGGUGCCACUCAUCAUCUCUCAUUGACACCUGAGCUAAGUCAGAUUUAACUCUUUAUCUUCCUUUGAAAAAAGAGAAGAAGUUAUGUCACAUUAAAAGUGCCCCAAGUAUUUUUCUACAAAUCCAUAUUAGUCUAUAAUGUAGAAGAACUUUCUGAAAUGAGACUUUCUAAACAGCAAUAUCUCCCUUUUGGCUUCCUUAGAAAUUUUUUUUCUUCUAUUAAUCUUAAAUCAUCAGGAUUAGGCAACCCUCCUUUUCUUGCUUUAGCCAGAAGUGGCCUUAGAAGAAUGUGUUUGUUUACUGGUAUACUCUCAAGACUUAACCAGCAGGAUUAGUAGGCUUGGAAAAUGAUGUAUAUUAUGGGAAAAAUCAUUGGGGCUUGGACUGUUAGCCAGGAGAUGGAUUCUAGGCCAUGACAGUAAAGAACUGACUUGUGAGCAAGUCACCCCAGUUUUCUCUUCUGCAAAUAGAAGGGUUUGGAUAAGCUCAGGGAUCUCCAAAGUAGGCUAAGAGAGCUGUUGCAUGACCUUGUAUGUGAUUAAGUAGUCAGAGUGAGGGAAUGUAGCUGCCAAGCAAGAUUCUCCACUUCUCCCCAGCUCCCUCUUGCACCAGGGGUAGGCAUCCCUCAGCCUGUGGGUUCUUUGCUUCAAGCACCAGCCAGUGAGGAAGAGUCCCCCACCCCAAUCCCUUUCAUUUUUAGUGGGAUACUGAGUCACACAAGAAAAGCAGGCAUUGAUGGUGUGCUACAGAUCAUAGUUCAUUAUUUCUUCCCCUCAGCCAAAUCCACUCUUUUUCUGAAGUUCUUGCUGUCAAAGGCACCACCAUCCUCCCAGGCACCCAGGUUUGCAACCUUGGAGUCUUGUUCUGUGUUCCACAUGUCCAAGUAGUUGCCAAAUCUUGUCUUUUUUGCCUCCAUCAUAUCUCUUGCGUUUCUUCCCUUCUCUCUUACUUACAUAGCUACCACCUAACUUCAGGCCAUCAUUACCUCGUGCCUAGACUAUUGCAAUAGAUUCCUGAUAAGUUUCCUUACCUGUCUCUCUCCAUAGAGCUACAAAAGUGAUUUCCCUAAAGCACAGAUUUCACCAUAACAUUCCCCCUACCCAAUAAAUUCCAAUGGCUUCCUAUUGACUCCAGAAUCAAUUUUUAAAAACAUCUUUGUCACUCUUUUAAAAUUUCUACUUUUGUAUAAGUUGUAUGGUAUACAUAAUUAGCAGAGCAAUACACAUAUGCUAAAAGGGGUACACUAUCCAAAAAGACUGGGGACCACUAGACUAGAUUAUCUCCAAGGACCCUUCCCCCUCUAAAAUUCUGCGGUUAAUAGAAAUCCUUUACAAUUCAGGUACACCAGGCAAACAUUUCCUACUUUCUGAUUGAGCUCAACAAACAUUUAUUAGAAUGGAUGACUGGUUUGUUAAUGUUUUGUUAUUGUUACUUCUUUUUUGUUUUUAUGUACAUUUGUAAAAUUCUGGACUUUUUAAAGUUUGGAGAUAAUUAUUUUUAAGUAAGGAAAUACUGGGGAAUUUUAUUGUAUUCACAGUUUUGAUUAUCUUUGUAAUAAAGAUUAAAAUAUAAUAA